CACAGCCCGAAAUUUCACGCAUACUUUCCCACGGCCCAAUCGUACCCAGCAAUCGUAGCUGACAUGCUGAGCGACGCAAUAGCGUGCAUCGGAUUCACCUGGAUCGCGAGCCCCGCCUGCACCGAAUUAGAAGUGAUAAUGUUGGACUGGCUGGGGAAAAUGCUGGACCUGCCGAAGGAAUUUCUAGCCUGCAGCGGUGGGAAAGGUGGUGGUGUCAUACAGGUAAACAUUUUUAUUAACUUUCUGCGGAUUUUAUUAAUAAUUAGAGAGGAUCUCCGUUCGACAAUCAAUUACGUCAAGUGUUUAUUAAUAAUAAUUGUUAAUGGAGUCGGGUAAACGUCUUGAACGAUGUUCACCUGUUGCUCAUCUAU